AACAUAUUUGCAUUUACUGUGUCUAGAACCACUCGACUUAGUACCAUUCAAAUUGAACAGAUCGAAUUUCAAUAACUUAUAAAUGAUGAUAUUUUGAUGAUGGACGCGGCGAGUCUUUCUUGGAGUCGUGAGUUCUUGGAGGUGACAUCCCUGUCUAUACAACCGCACGAUCCCACUUUGGGAUGUCAAUGAACUAGCAACACCACCAAGCUAAGUGCUGACACUGGGAAGAAAAGCCCAAAAGAAUUUUGGUUUGACCAAUUGAGUGUUUCGGUUUGAGUUGAUAACCCAUAUAUCACAGAUAUACUCCAUUGCUCUACUACACGACACCAAGGCUAACAGACCGCCCGUGCGGAGGAUAACACAGGGAACUAGUUCCAUUACUGACAAUUGCGAUUUUAGUUGACAGUUUCGCAAAUGCAAUUGAUCCCAGGAAGUAAUUGGCAGCACUUACUUGAAUAUCAUUGUCUUGUCUGGUCAUCCAGAUAUCAACACCAACAGCACAUCACGGAGCCGUCUAGUUUACCAUCGAUAAAGUUUCGCCUCUCCUCCAUCCCAACAAUAGUCAUAUACACUAUUCCCGUGAUCUAGGUCUACUAGCAACUCGUAGCGUUCUCUCGGACUGAACUCGAGUCGAAAACCGGUAAGACAAGGUUGUUUUAUUGGUCAAUUACAGUGGAAAUUGGUGAGAUCUAGCCAAUACAACCCCUGUCUUACACCGAGAAGUGAAGAGGAGGAUGGUGACGUGUCUCUGAAUCGCUCAAUCUUGCACGCAAGCAUCAGGCACAUUGGAACUUUUCACCUUAUCGUCUUCUGACAAGUAUUUGCUGCGUGCUUCAAUUCGCCCAGCGCAGACAUCGAGGUUCCACCAAGAUAGCUCCUCGUGACUUACACCGGAAACAGUACAUUACAUUGCAGGGCAGGCAGGUCGUCAAUAUGGAUAAAGGAGGUGCUUCCGCUGCUGUCUUUGCGUCCAGGGACUUGUCCCAGAUAGGUCAAGAAAACCCGCGUGUUCCCACCUCCCCGGGCCUGGACUAUGAUGAGCUCUUCAGGUCUGUCUUUGACUGGGAUCUCUACUGUGACUCGACCAGGUCUCAGGACUACCCAGGAGCUUCUAGCUCCCCUCGCCUAAGCUACAGGGACCUUCCCUCGCUCAUCACUGAUAUCCCUUCCUUUCUUGAUCAUCUUUCUCUUGACAGGAGCGAGGCCGAAUACCUAAGGAUGACCCCUGGCCUGAGCCCGGACGAUGGAGGGAUUACCACAUCCGAGUCCAUGGGUCAGACCCCACCAGAACUCGUUAGAGGUGGUAGUACCUCUCCUUCGUCUCACUCUGGCUCCGUCUUCUUCGAUGGCGUAGACGAUGUCCGUCGACGUCCUCGAGUCAGCCUCCAAGAGGUUCAGGCCCAGGAUGAUAAGUGGACGUACCCCCAGGCCGUACCUAGCAAGCACGCCCCCCGGGGGUAUGGCUACCCACAUCAGAUCCAGGUACACGAGUCCUCGUCCCGCCGCUCAAGCCACACCAAGACAUACUCAUACUCACCCUCCUCAAACUCAACCUCUGGUGUCAAGCGUCAGCGUUCUGUGGAGAAGAGGUCAAGACAGCUCUCUGAUCCAGACCAGACAGCCGAUGUCCGCAAGAGUGGAGCCUGUCUUCCGUGCCGUAUCUCCAAGACCCGCUGUCAAGACUGUGGCGUCUGUCCCUAUUGCCGUAAGGCCUUCCCAGACCACUCACACCUAGUCUGUACCCGUAGGACCCCUGCGGUUGCUCCGCCUGUGAUUCGUCACAUCGUCGACGUCUGGUCACCCGACCCUGCGGAAGAGAGGCGUGUCGUUGAUCAUGAGCCUCGUUUUCCCACUGCCAAACCCAGAGAUAUUGUCAUCUUCUUCACCCGCGAUGCCGAAUCCCCUUUUCUUCGGGCAUCCGUCCAAGCAUACCAUUCUCAGAAUGGAACCGAUGAGAAUCCAAGAAACGCUGCUUUUGAGCGGGAUAGAUUUCCCACUUAUGGUGAACUCCAGCGCUGGGUUGAGGCACAGAUCCGAAGAGAACGCAGCCCUAGAUUUGAGCAUAUGGUGCAAAACUUUUUGCUCUCAUAUUAUGAGGACGGCCAGGGACUUCCAAAGCACAACCUCGUCUCCAAGGUCCACACAAUGAAUUGUUUCUUCAGAAUCUGGAAAGCUCCGCGCUUCACCUGCUGCAGCUCGUCCAACAAGCUCUCUCAGGUCCCCUUUACUGUUCAAGCCGAGCUUAGACGCAUUGCAUGGAACGCACUUGUGUCCCAUGAGCACGAUAUCCUCAAGCUCCUCGAAGACUGCUUGGCGCAACAAGAGUCUCUCAAAGCUCAAGAGAAGAUGGCAGUCUGGGCCAGCUUGUGGCAACUCAUGAUCAUGUACAGAGACUUGGUCCUUGCACAUGAUGGAUAUUUCGCCCGAAACCCAAGUGCCCAGAGAGAUCAGAAUAUUGUUGGGGCUUUUGAGAACCUUUACAAUGGAUUCUUCCCUUUGAUAGCCAUAUUCUAUCACUGCCAAUUCAAGACUCCCAAGAGAAUGGAGAUGUCAAUGGACUGGCUCAAGGAUUAUCCUUCUCAUGCUCGUCAUAGCAGCAAAAUUCGCCAGUUCUCGCAGGAUAUGAUGGACACCAGAAAGGAAUUCUACGAGAGAAUUCAGCGUUCGUCGUACAAGGUUGACGAGCGACUAAGCGCCUUGGUUGUUAACCAUGAGCUUAAGAAGAUCUCAUCCAAGAGACGCCCUCGAAGCAGUACCAAGAGUAAGGGAAGCUCGCGUGAUAUUGCGUAAUAAUUGCACAAAUCAUGUCCAGUCAUUACAGAAAAUGAUUUGCGAACGAAAAGGCAAAACAGGAAGAAAAAAAAACAUAUGGAAAAGACAAAAUACGAACAAAAAAGCAUGAUAUGAUGGUUCUUUUAUGAUUUAUAACGAAUACAACGACGUUCGCUGCAUAUGGGCUUAAGCAAUGUGGAUCGAAGGAAAAAAAUGUGUGUAUUGGGUUGGUUUAUGUUGAUGACGAAAUGUGUCACGGCAAUAGGCUCACUUGGGCAGUUAUCUUGUACCUUGGCUUCUUUCCUCCAUUCUUUUUGGCGGUUUUCUCAACUCUGUCGGCGAGAUCUUCUAGACUGACACCCGCUAUGUUGGCGGAGGCGACUCUGAUCGUUAAUCCAAUUCUCUCUUUCUUAUCCUCUGCCUUCUUGAGAUGUGUUUUUAUGCUGUGUUCGUUAGACAACAAGACUUGGCAUACUUCUGAAGAAUGACACUAACC